UUGGUAAUAUUAUAUACUUAGGUAGGUCGUGCAGGCCGAUCUAUCUUUCUGAUCUUGGGCAUGGUCUUAUGUCAACGAUAUAGGAAUAUUUAAUUUAAAAAAAUAUAUUAAACUGAUAUAAUCUCCAUUUUAUAGGAGAUGAAGUCAACAACACUUUGGGUUAAUAUUAUACUAAACGUGCAAGUCAUUACCAAAUUAGUCACCGACGUGCAACCCAUCCUGCUCCGUAUUUAAGUAUCAAUCAAUCUGUUUUGGCCUUUUCGCCAAUACUACAAUUUCUAAUUUAUUCUCAUUCAAUUUCAGGCCAAAGAGACAAAAAUGGCAACUGAUGUUCUCAGCUUCUGUGACGAUAGUAGUCUCGAGGACUGGCAUGAUUUUGAGGUUCUUGGCCGCGGAGACGAGCCCAAGAUUCUGAUCAAGAAGACGAGUAUGCAAUCCGUAUCCGAGAGGCGGAUCUCGGUUGAUCCACAAUCGCUAUUGUCGAGGAACGAGAGCUUCGAUAUGUUAGUCUCACGUCCGAGAGACAUCGAUGACAUGGCGCUUUCUCAGCCGUUAGAUAACCAACGAAAGACGAAGUUUGUGAGCUGCAGCCUUCCAAACUCAGCAGCCACGUCACCUAGACGUAGUUCGAGUCAUAAUUGGAAGGACAGAACCACUGAGCAGGUUCUUGACCUAAUGCUGGUUCAAGAUGCGGCCACUGCGUUUAGGAGAAGCAAAUCUUGCGGCGAAGGACGUGCUUGUACACCAUCGCUCGAUUUCGACAUGUUAUUGCAUAAAUCAAGACACGGACAACAUAACCAUAAUAGUCAUCAGCAUCAGCAUCAGCACCAUCAUCAUCAUGGCUUCUCUUCCUCUAAUUCCAAGAGUCUCUCUCACAAGAGUAGUGGAAACAACUCUUUCUUCUCAAAAACAGAGUCCAACAAAACCAGCAGAAGCAAUAGCAAUACCGCGAAUUCGAAAAGCAUCAGUUCAUUCGAAGACGGGUUCAAAUGCAGCGCUUUGUGUCUCUACUUACCUGGUUUCAGCAAAGGGAAACCCGUGAGAUCUUCUCGAAAAGGUGAUUCUUCAUUCACAAGAACCACCACGAUGACUUCCUCUCAAUCUAUGGCAAGAACCGCUUCCAUCAGAGACACCGCGGUGCUGUCGGCUCGAGCCUCCCUAGAGCGGUUCGAGUGUGGUUCAUGGACCUCUUCGGCUAUGAUUUACGAUGACAACGCGGAUCUUGGUGGCCAUUUCUUUGAUUUGCCUUCGGAAUUGAUUAAAGGCGGGCCGGGAGAGAAUGACCAAGACGAUCCUGUUUCCGCUGCUUUCGUGUUCGACAAGGAACCUAAUUUGGAGAAAGAGAUCAAAGGUGUUUUGAAGACUUCUGGUUCGAAAUCAAGAAGAUCAAUGGAGUCACCACGUCACGUUCGGUUCUCAACCUCGUCACCUGUUUCUUAUCCGACGUCUCCCACACAUUCAAUCACGCCACGGUUGCUACAAGCCACCGAGGACUUCAGUAGUUUCUUGGAAGCGCAAGCCGUGUGAAUGGAGAUUUUUAACUAUUCUUUUCUCAUUUUUUUUCUUAAUAUUGAUUAACCGAAUGAAGUUAACCUUCUCUUGCUGAAUAUAUAUUUUCUUGUAGCAAUUGCCAUUCGAGAGAAUUAAAACUUUUCCAUUGUAAAGACAUGAAUACACG